CGUCAAGCUGCCGCGGCCUGGCUCUUCCUUUCAAGAUGGCGGCGCUCGCGGCAUCCUCCUCGUUCCUGGGUUUGAGCCCCGGGUCGCGGGAUCCCGCCACCGUCCGCCCCCGCUCCCGCAAGAAGGGCUGGAAGCGCUGGGCCGGCCUCGAGGCGCGGCUGGGCCGCGAAAUUGGCGACUUCCUCGAGGACGUGGUGCUGCAGCAGCGGGCCACAGGGGGGCUGAUUGCAGAGCAGCCAGACAAGGGGCUCUUCUUCGUGGACGCCAGUGAUGCGGAGAAGGAUCGGCAGCUGAACAAGGGCAAGGAGAAGCCCCUGCACGUCAACCUCAUCCUGCAGCCCGACUCCAAGGUGCCGGCACCCAAAAAUAUUUUGGCUCACCAAAUCCCCAACGGGCAGAAAGAGAAACGACAGCAGUUUUGGGAGAAACAAGCGGAAAAGGGGGCGCUGCCCUGCGCCGAGCGGUGCCUGUGAGCCCGGCUGUGGCAAGGGGGGCCCCCGCCAGAUAAAGCACCGGAAAAGGGGCACUCGGACCCCAAAAGGGGCUUCUAUGACAUCUGGGGGGCCAAUAACCCCCUGGACCGGGUGCUGGUGGGGCAGGACGGCUGGUUCCUGCAGCAGACCAAGAAGCAGAGGGUGAAGCACCCUGCCAGGCUGCAGGUGAAGCCUUCGCAGGUCCCCACCAUGGAGGUUGUCACCACCGGCAGUUCCUACAACCCUACCUUUGAGGACCACCAGGCACUGCUGCUGUGGGCUCAUGAGGUGGAGGUGAGGAAGAAGAGGGUGGAGGACAAGGUGGAGAGGCAGCUGAAGAUCCCUGAGGGCACCGAGAUCCCCACUGUGGACAUGGUUUUCCAGGAGCAGUGCGAGGGGCUGCUGGAGGUCGGGGAUGAGGAAGAUGAGGAGGCGCCAGCAGAGCCCAGGGAUGCGCUAAAACCGGCCCCACAGCAGAAGACGACGGAGCAGCAGCGCUGGCGGGAGAAGGAAGCCUGAGCCCUGGCAGCCCAGCAGUGCCAGGAGAAGGCGGCGCGGUGCCGGCGGCAGGAGCUUUUCCGCCUGCAUUCGCUGCAGCGGCAGGUGAAGUGGUGGGAAGCGGAGCUGCUGCGAUGAUGGCAGGCACAUUUGGCCAAGCGUCAGGUGAAGGACGCGCUGCCCCAACGCCUGGGGCCCCUCAAGUACGAGGAGCCCAGCCUGGAGGUACAGCUGAGCGACGAGCUGGCCGAGUCCCUGCACACGUUGAAGCCUGAGGGCAGCGUCCUGCGCAACUGCUUCAAGAGCCUGCAGAAGAGGAGCCUGAUCAAGCCGUGGGAGAGGGCCAAGUUCAAGAGGAGAUAUUGCCUGAAAUAUGUGGAGAAGAGAGCUUUCUGGGAAGUGACGUGAGUAGGGGACCCCUCCCUGACCGGCCGUUCUCUGUUACAGGCUGUAGCUGUCAGAUCCUGCUGGGCGCCGCAUCCCAAUAAAACCCUUUGCACCA